ACUCUUUGAUUUCGUUUUCUUCUCUAACAUUCCUCUCUCCCCCACACUCUCUCCUUUCCCGCCACACCCCAUUCUCUCACUCACGCACACCCCGUGUGAAAAUAUCACACUGAGAUUUAAUCGUAUCCAAAGUUUCCCAUAUUCUAUCUUUCUCUCUCUCUUUUUUAGGAAUAUUUAUCUUCACACCAAAAGCUAAAGUUUUCAUUUCUUUUGCUUCAUUUCACCACUACAAAAUCCCCAAACCUCUUCAUUCCUUCACAAAUCACAAUAUCUCCUUCCCCACUAGAUCCACUUUUUUCCACCUCAAUCUUCCAUUUCCAAGCAUCUCCCCCCCCCCCACAUAUUUCUAUCUGCACCUCUCCAAAAACAAAAUUUUGCUAUCUACACCUCCCCAAAACCAAAAUAUUGCUAUCUACACCUCCUCUUUAAUCCUCACUUUCAAGCAUCUUCUUCCUCUUUCACUCCUUCAUGCAAACAAAAACCCUCAUCUCCUUCAUUCUUUUUCUUCACUCUCUCACUUCACUCAGUUUACCUUAACACUCACAAAACCCUCAAACAAAAACCCCUGUUUUCCUCUUUCUCUCUCUACCAUGUCUCUACACAAGCCGAAGCUGGAAACACCAAGUUCAAUUUUUGAAGAUGACCCAUCAAUCAAAACAAAGAGAAAGCCCAAAAGAAAGCUUCUCCGAAUCAUAAUCACCGACCACGACGCCACUGAUUCUGAUUCCUCCGGCGACGAAGGGAGAGAGAGAAACAGCAACCAAAGAACAACUCGAAGAAAACCAAAAAGAGAAGUCCUUGAAAUUAACAUGCACCAUCCCGUACUGUAUUCUUCUCUCUCGUUUUCUUCUCCUUCAUCAUCAUCUUCUUCUCUUGCAUGCUCGGAGAAGAACCACAGAAAGUACACUAGACCCAAGAGAACACCAACCUCCUCCGCCACGCGCCACCGCAACAAGUUCCGUGGAGUAAGGCAACGGCCAUGGGGAAAGUGGGCGGCUGAGAUCCGAGACCCGGCCCAACGGAAACGUCUCUGGUUAGGAACAUUUAACUCCGCUGAAGAAGCCGCCGCCGAGUACGACAGAGUUGCUGUGAUGCUGAGAGGUUCCGACGCCGUUACCAACUUUCCUGUAACGCCGGAGAAGGUGGAAACUGAAGUACCACCGCCGGUAAAUGGCGGAAAUGACGGCGGAGCUGGUUAUUCCAUUUCCGACGCUUUGGCUUCGCCGACGUCUGUUUUAACUUAUGACUGUGAUUCGACGCCGUUCGACAGUUACCGUUACGGAGAUGUGGACGCUUUCGGGUUCCACAUUGACGCGCCGUUAAGUUUGCCGGAAGUUAACGGUGCGCUGACGUGUCAUCAAAAAUUGGAAAAAGAAGAGGCGUUUGAAGAGUUUGAUCUCGACGAGUUUAUGACGUGGCCGUACUAAAAAUCGACGGGUCUUAUUUGUCAAUUGAGAAAAGAACAGGGACUGUUUGGUAAUUAUACUUUUUGCUACUGGUUGUGUAAUCCCAAAACUACCCUCGUUAGAAUUUGUGGUUUUUUUGGUGCUUGUUUGUGUGAAGUUAAGUUGUACUGUAAUUAGCAAAAGCAUGAGUGAAGUUGUGAGUAAGAAAAUCAGAGUAAGUAAUAUCUGGUAUUAGAGUUGAUAAGUAUAUAAUUCAAUAUAUAUUUAGUAUAUAUAUUAAGAAAUUUUGGUGUUACAUGAGAAAUGAGAAAUAUUAUUUAUUGUAAGAAAGUUCUAUAUUAAG